AUGCUGAACCAGGGCAUGGACGUAUUAGUCCCAGCCUUAGAAAAAUUGUACCGAGCCUGUCUGGCACUAGGAUAUGUGCCGAAAGAAUGGGGGCAGGCGAGGGUGGCUUUCCUGCCGAAACCAGGUAAGACACAUCACGCAGUCGCAAAGGACUACAGUCCAAUCAGCAUGACCUCGUUUUUACUCAAAACCCUGGAAAGGCUGGUUGACAGAUACAUUAAGGAAUCAUCACUUGUAGAAGUGUCGCUGCACAGCAAGCAGCAUGCCUACCAGACAGGAAAGUCUGUGGACACAGCGGUGGUGGACGCAGUCAGAUUCAUAAAAUUAAUGCUGUUAAAAUACUUAAUAACCAUGAAAUUAUACGUUAUUAGUAAGGACAGUAAAUCAAGUUGA